AUGGAUUACGUUGUGCUUUGGCAUACAUUUGUGGAAGUCUUGAAUAUGUUAAAUAAUUUUGAUGUAUUUUGUGCAAUGUGGUACAAUUCAUGUUCUGUGGAGUUGGUUGAAAUAAGCUUCGAUUUGAAUGUUAGUUUGGGAGAUGAUGUUCGCGAACAUAGUUUCAUUCCCCACGUCGAAACGAGCGCAUUUUCAAACACUGGUUCUGGUUUUGAUGCAGAAAAUUUAGUGGAACUGAACAUUCCAUUGUCUUCCUCACCUGAGGAAGAUGAACCCUCACCUGAGGAAGAUCAACUUGGAGAUAGUGACGAUGGUGAUGAUUUGAUUCCUUCCAUUAAUGUUGAUGAGGGUGAGGAUUUGCCGGAAGAAAGUGAGCGCUCUGUACAAGUCUCGAAAAAUUUGGUGAAAGGUUUGAUAAAGGUUGGACGUUUUGUUGACACUUUGGACGAGGUCCAUGUGUUGUAUCGUGAGUAUGGAAGGCUGAAAGGGUUCUCUGUUAGAAAAGGAACUCAAUCUUAUUUCCUCCACACAAAGCUUGUUCAUGUAAAGUUCUAUCACUGUUCAUGCGAGGGAUCUCCUGACAACAAAUGCUCGAAAGAUAGAGUGCCUGUAUGCAAAAGACAGUCCUAUCGUUGUCACUGCAACGCGAAGUUGCGUGUGUGUAGAGAAGAUGUUGACUCACCUUGGAAAGUGACCAUUUUUGAGACGAAACACAGCCACAAAUCGCUCCACCCUAGUGAGAGUUAUCUUCUCCGAUCAGCACGCAAUAUGUCACAAUCGAAGAAGAUGUUGCUUAUAGCUUUGACAUCAAGCGGUAUUGGUGUAAGUCGUGCCUAUCGUUUCUUGGAGAAUGAAGCUGGAAGUCGUGCCAAUAUUGAAUUUUUACCCAAGGAUAUCUAUAACGAGCUCCAUAAGGAUCGAAGAAAAAUGAUGAAAGUUGCGAAUGGAGAUGCAAACAAGUUGUUGGAGUAUUUCACAGCGAAAGGAUCGAGUGACCCUUCUUUCUUUUGGAAGGUGAAGGUAGGUGAUGAUGGAAGACUUAAAAAUCUUCUUUUCCGCGAUACUAGGUGUCUUAUAGACUACCAAUAUUUUGGUGACGUUGUUUCCGUUGAUGCCACAUACAAGACUAAUAAAUAUGACUUGAUAUGCGUGCCUAUAAUUGGGAUUAACCAUCACCGUACCAAUGUUUUGUUUGCCAUGGCAUUCUUGUCGAAUGAGAACACGGAGUCUUAUGAAUGGUUGUUUUCAGCUUUUUUGGAGUCGAUGUAUCGGAAGGAGCCCACUAUCAUUUUCUCAGACCAAGAUCAAGCACUAAUGAAUGGCUUGGACAACACGUUUUGUCAAGCAUCUCACAGGCUUUGUCAGUGGAACAUAAACAAAAAUGCCGGGAAGCAGUUCGGGAAGUUGAAUUACAAUAAAGAAUUCAAGCGCUUAUGGUACCGGUGUAUGAACGGAUGUGAAGGCGCCGACGAGUUUGAGACAUCCUGGGCUCGUUUGAUUGAAGAGUUCAAUUUAAUGGACAAUAAAUGGUUCAAAAGUAUGUAUAACUUGAGAAAGCGUUGGUCCUCCGCGUUCACGUUAGACAAAUUCUCCGGUGGGUUACAUGCUACCUCGAGAAGCGAAGUAACGAAUAAGGUCAUUAAAGAAUUGUGUUCGAGUACAUCUAGUGUUUACGACUUUGUGCUUGGUUUUGAGAAGAUGCAGAAAAAUUGGCGAACUACCGAGUUCGAGGAGGACGCAUUGUGCCGAGGCAUGCCGGGUACGCUUUUCGACCGCACGGGUAUCAUGCAGCAGCUCGGUGAGCUUUGUACUAGAAGUAUUUUCAAGAUUUUUGAGGCCCAAGUGUUGAAUUCCAUAACGGUGAAAAUGUCUGAAGCACCUCUUGAUCUAAAUGUUGAAGUGACUGUAUUCAAGGUUUGUUCUUCUUCCGCAAUGAAGGGUUAUCGUGUUGUUAGGGUGAAUCAUGAAACGAAAAGGGGUACGUGCUCAUGUCAUAUGUUGGAGACGGAAGAUAUAAUUUGUCGUCAUUUAUUUAAAGUGUAUUUUCAUUUGAACUUGGAUAGAGUUCCCGAUGAAAUGGUGCUUAAUCGGUGGCGACGUGAUGCAAAGGAGCAGAUACGGAUUAGUGAUCGGGCUAUUGAUAUUGGCUGCAAGAACAAUUUUUCGAAUAUGGUGUUUGUAAAUUACAACAUCAAACGUGUAUAUGAUUUGUUGAGUGAAGUGAAGGAGAACGGGAGUUGUCGGGAUGCAAUCAAUAAAUAUAUUGGUGAGAUGAUACAUGUUGUUCGCAGCUUGGCAAACGGUCCGAAGAAUGAAAGCAAGGAACCCUUGCAUCGGCCCAUAAGAAACCCUAGUGCCAAAAAGAAACGAGUUCACGUAAGAUGUACAGUAAAAUGUGGGCACGUGGGGGUGGUGAGUGUAGCCAAAUAUCAAACGGCAGAUGUGGUAUGGAAGAUGAAGAGGAUGAGUUAUUCUGUUCAAAUUUUCGAGAAGGGGAUGCACAAAUCCAGUAGAAGUAAUGCGUCUUUUGUGAACCUCAGCUUGAAUAUGUCUUGA